AUGGAGUCGACAUCCUGUCCAUCUCGCUCGGUGCCGAGACGCCAGCGUCGUUCGACCAAGACAGCGUUGCGAUUGGAACCUUUCAUGCCGCUCAACACGGGAUCAGUAUUUCAACCUCUGCUGGAAACAGUGCAUGUUUACUUGGAAUUUUCUCAGCCCAACCAAGGACUGCCAACUUCAAGCGCACCAGUCAUUCCGUAUUUCUCAGCAAGAGGACCUAGCAGAUUCAGUCCAAGCAUUCUCAAACCGGAUGUUGCUGCUCCGGGAGUUCACAUCCUUGCAGCUUGGCCUGACAACAUAGCCACCGAGAAUGGAGAACUUAACCAACAGUUUGGAUUUCUUACCGGAACAUCCAUGGCCUGUCCUCAUGCCACGGGAGUCAUCGCUUACGUGAAAUCGCUCCACCCGAAAUGGAGUCCAGCGGCUAUCAAGUCGGCCAUCAUGACAACAGCAAACAAUCUAGACAAUACCAAGAAAGUGAUGAAGGUCGACUCUGGAGACACUGGAACUCCAUUCGACUAUGGAACCGGAGAAGUCCAGCCGGUCCUAGCAGCUGAUCCUGGCCUUGUCUACGAUCUGGACGUCGCAGACUACGUGACUCACCUUUGCAGCGAUGGAUUCACCUCGGCCCAGCUGCGAACAAUCUCUGGAAACCCAAACAUUACUUGUCCAUCGCCCAAGAAGCAUCCCCGGCCUCCUCUCAACUAUCCCUCUUUCUCCUUCCCGGCGCUCGAAAUCGCGGUCCCCCAGUCAUCCCAGCGGACGCUCACAAACGUCGGCCCCGAGAAAGCAUCCACCUACACCGCUACCAUCACCAAUGCCGAGGCUUCCACAGCCGCGUCUAUCACCGUGGCGCCUUCCAAGCUCGCCUUCACCAAGAUCGGCCAGAAACUCGCCUACACGCUCACCGUGAAUGCCUCCGCGGCGCCAAGCUCGCCGAUCGAGUGGGCGUUCGCGUGGAUCAGCUGGAGCGAUGGGAAGCACCAGGUCAAGAGUCCCAUCGCCAUGAAGAUAAACCCUAAAUCCUGA